GGCUGCUCCGGGGUUCCCCUCCUGCCGGCCGCCGGCGCCGGGCGGCUGCGGGGUCCCGCCGCGGCCCCCGCCCGAGGAUGAACCAGCAGAACGUUGCCCGGCUCUGCUGGGGGUGACCGGUGGGUAACGCUGUCCUGGAGGCUCCAGCUUCGAGGGGGAUAACGUAACUGAGAGAAGUGGAGAGAGCAGAGCCUGGGCUGGGCACGCCAUGGGAGCAAACACCUCCAGCAAGUCACCACCCUUCGUUGAAAAUGAAGAUGUCACCUUUGACCAUUUUGAAAUUUUGCGAGCUAUUGGGAAGGGCAGCUUCGGAAAAGUCUGUGUUGUGCAAAAGACCGACACCAAGAAGAUGUAUGCCAUGAAAUACAUGAAUAAACAAAAGUGCGUGGAGCGUAAUGAAGUGAGAAAUGUUUUCAAGGAGCUGCAGAUUAUGCAAGGCCUGGAGCACCCCUUCUUAGUUAAUUUAUGGUACUCAUUCCAGGAUGAAGAAGAUAUGUUUAUGGUUGUAGACCUCCUGCUUGGAGGGGACCUGCGCUACCAUCUCCAACAAAAUGUGCGGUUCCAAGAAGGCACCGUGAAACUCUUCAUCUGUGAGCUGGUGCUGGCCCUCGACUAUCUCCAGAGCAGGCACAUCAUCCACAGAGACAUCAAGCCUGACAACAUUUUACUGGACGAGCAUGGACACGUGCACAUCACUGAUUUCAAUAUUGCCACGCUGCUGACUAAAGAAAUACAAGUCACCACCAUUGCUGGCACAAAGCCGUAUAUGGCACCUGAAAUGUUUAACUCCACAAAACCCACCGGCUAUUCCUUCGCUGUGGACUGGUGGUCACUGGGAAUCACUGCCUACGAGCUGCUCAGGACCCGGAGGCCAUACCAUAUUCGCUCCAACACUUCCACAAAUGAAAUCGCUCACGUGUUCAGGACGGCCACAGUGAUGUACCCUGCUGCUUGGUCCACAGACAUGGUGUCACUAAUCAAAAAGUUGCUGGAGCCGAACCCUGAGAAGCGUUUUUCUCAGCUGAAACAUAUCCAGGACUUUCCAUAUCUGUCAGAUGUGAACUGGGAUGCUGUUCUCCAGAAAAGGAUAAUGCCAGAAUUCAUUCCCACGAAAGGCAGACUGAACUGUGACCCAACCUUUGAACUGGAAGAAAUGAUCCUAGAGUCCAAACCUCUUCACAAGAAAAAGAAACGCUUGGCUAAGAAGGAUAAAGACACCAGCAAAAGCAAUUCCUCCCAGGCCUGCCAUCUUCAAAAGCACCUAGAGAUGCUCCAGAGGGACUUCAUUGUUUUCAACAGAGAAAAGGUGAGACACCACCACAACGACAUCCAGUCCGUGACACUGGCAAAAAGCAGCGUCGCGUACAAGGAGGGCACCGGGAACAACAGCCCCUGAGAGCAGCACAGCCCCUGCUGGAGCUUUGCGCAGGGGGCCGGCGCGCACUCACCCGCACACCUUCACGACGUUGGGCCAUCGGACCCGUCCGCUGCCGCUGGGACGCGGCCGAUAGCCCAGGGCAGGACGGCCGGGCGGGAGCUGGAGCACCCGCUCCCUCUGCCUUCCACACCGGAGCCGGCGGAUCCUGGGCGUGGGGGGAGAGGCUGUGGGUGCUGCCUCUGCAAUUUGCCACAGUCAGACAGACUCAGAUCCUAUUAUUUUGCCUUUCUUCAUGGCAGGAACGUGCCCAUGUGAAAAUGGAUGAGAUGCGGUAUUGACCCGUUUGGCUUGGCCAGGCAGCGUCUCAGGCCUUGGUGCUGCCUGCCAGGCACCUGCUGGCAGCACAACCGACGCGUUGAGCGUGCGUUGUUUGCAGAGGUGUCAUCGCUAGUAUCCAUCUCGGCGGUGGGUCCCCAGCAGCUCGGUGGGGCCAGGCUCUGUGGCUGUCAGCACUCCUGCCUGGGCUCACGGCCGACGGCUCCAGCUGGAAGAGGCUGCUCUCAGCUGCAGGGUCUCCACCAGCCCAUAAGAGACAAAGGUGGCCUUGGCUUACAGCCGCCUCUGCGAGCAUCCCGUGAGCGCAGGCACGGAGGGCUAGCAGUGGCAAUGCUCGCCUUCCUUAGCUGGGAGAGGGCGGCAAAGGUUUCCUCCUCUCUCAGUGCUGCUUUCUGUGCCUGUGUCUCACAGCGCAGGGCUGGCUGGGCAGACAAUGCAGACAGAUGUGGAAAUGAAGAGGUAACAAGCAGGCGCUGGCAAAUAACCGGCAUCCAGAUGCUUUACCAGGCCACCCUGAAAUACCCAUUCACUAUCACAAUGAACUGCUGUAACGCACUGGAUCUGGUGGGGUUUGGCUUCCAACACCAGCGAUAAAUCUGAAUGUGCACCUUUAAUCGCUCUACCAUUGAAAUCAUGCAUGAGUUAAGCACCUGCUCUUUGCAGGAACAGCUGUACGCCUGAAGCAGUCUUUGCCAAGACUGAGAUUGGCCAAAGCAUUUCUAUUACGGUAAUGCUGGGAAUGAUGUUAUUACGUAAAUGCUUUGGCAGACCUGAAGUUUCACCUCCUUAUUUGACAUUUUUCCUAUUCUCAGCAAUGUAAUCAAUGCGUGAUGAAGUGUUUGCCUCCUGUUUACCCAAAGGUGUUCUUUUUAUCUCCUGUGCCUUCUUGUCUCACUCUGGCUAAAUCUAAUCAAAUAAAAAAAAAAUCUGAAUAAAACCAACAGCAAAUGAAA